ACUGUUUGAACACACUAUCAGUUUAUCGGAUGAGAUGCAUGUAACUCUUAAUGGUGUCCGCAAAACAAUUUGGAUGAAAAGCCCACCUGGAAAGGAGGAUACACCUUUCGGGACCGUUAUACAGAGCAGUAAUGUAAAUGGAUGACAAAAAUGAGGAGCAACCGAUUGAAAAUUGUUUUCAUGUUGUGUCUUGGUUUCGUCACUAUAGGAGGACAACAUUUUGAAAGUAAAGUGGCCCAGUUACUCCAAGACGAAACAGAGCAUAUUAAAUGUUUUGUUGAGGGAAAGGAUCUCACAUGCUUUUGGGAAGAGGAGGAAGAGAGGAAUCAUUUACACAAUCAAUAUACCUUCACAUAUUCAUACGAGAAUAAGAACAAGAUGGCUUGUGCGGUUUCAUCUCUGUCUUUACUGGCGAGUAACAAAACCAUCUUCUUCUGCAAACUGGCCAAAACCCCGUUCUUCGCGACUCUUCAUCUGCAGGUUCUCCGCGAUGGCCAGAUGCUCUACACUCGUAGCCUCAACGCGGAGAACAUCUUGUUUCUAGAUCCUCCCCGAAACCUCACGGUCAUGAGUUCAGGGAAGGAAGGGCAGCUGAACGUGAGCUGGCUGCCUCCUCAGCUCAAAUACAUGGAUGACAGUAUGAUAUACGAGGUCAGAUACGCAGCGGAGGGAAGUGACUUGGGCAAGGUGGAGGUCAUAAAGGUCAGCACGAUGCUGGUUUUGUUUGGCUUAGAGUCGGACACCAGAUACAAGGUGUGGGUCCGCGUCAAACCCGAUGGCGUUGCCUACAAAGGCUACUGGAGUGCUUGGACCGAGCCUGUGUUUGGAGUCACGCCGCCAAGCGAUGUGGAUCCGCUUAUCGUGUUACUUGUUCUUUCUAUCGGACUGAUCCUCUGCCUGCUGUCUCUGACUGUGAUUCUGUCCCACCAAAAGUUUCUUCUUAAGAAACUCUGGCCUGACAUCCCGACACCAGAGCACAAGUUUCCAGGUCUUUUUACUGUCUACAAAGGGGAUUUUAAGGAGUGGAUGAGCCACAAUAAUGGCAGCAUGUGGGGCAGAUCAGUCCAUGUGUACACAGAGGAGCUUCCUUCACCGCUGGAGGUUUUGUCCGAGGUUUCCCUGACCAGCCACGGCACAUCCCAGAGAGAGGAGAUGAAACCUGCGGAGGAGGACGAGAGCGAGCGUUCGGACUCGGGGUUAACGGACAGAUGGCGAGACCCUCCUCACGCUCACUGGCUCAUGGAUCAGCUGAGGGCUCUUCAGGAAAACCCUGAAUCUCAUUCCCAGUCCUCGUUACUGCAGUCACAUGACACUUACGUCACCCUCAAUCAAGGAGACAUUGAGCAGCAGGCGGACGAUGUCUUCGAGGAGACGUUACCGCUCCAGACGCUCUUCAGCAGCGCAGGAACGCCGUCCUUGAGCACCUCACACUCCGACCUUGGCUCCCUGCAGCAGAGCUCGGGUUCGGGCAGACUGUCGUCACAAUCAAGCUUGGAGUAUCCCAACCACACCUGGCCCCCCAAAGGGCCGGGAUACUCCUACAUGGCGGUUGCAGACUCAGGGGUCUCGAUGGACUACAGCCCGAUGAGCUCCAGCAGGAUCGCAGAGCUCGGGAGACACAGGAUAUACACAAAUGAUUACAAAAACGAGAUCUUCCCCCACAAGUGGCCACUCUCUGGUCAAUACAUUAAAUCCGGAUAAGAGUCCAGCACGGGUCCUGUUUUGUAAAUCCACAAUAAUUAAGGAAAGUUCACCCAAAAAUGAAUACUCUGUCAUCCUUUGCUCAGCUUCACUUCUGUGGAACAUAAAAGAAGAUAUUUUGAAGGACAUUGGUAACCAGUUGCUGGUAGCCAUUAACUUUCAUUUUUUCAUCCGUACAAUAGAAGUAAAAAAAAACCUGAUUUGUACAGGACAUCAGGAUCUUACUGGGUUCUCUUUGAGACAUGACGUUAAAGGAGAUAUGCAUGAAAACACUAGGAUUUUUCAGAUACAAAAAAACUCCCACAUGAUAAAAUAAGCUAGCAUUAUUUACCAUGGCAGCUGUUUUUUAUACCACUGAAAUUCCAGAAGAUUUUAGGGUUUAUUAGUUGUUGUUUUUUUUAAUCUUCUUCGUGGAAAGUGACUGAUGGCAGUUCAUAUAUCAUUCUGUUUGGGGUUUCCCAAGUCUUAAUCUGUCUUGUAAAUUGUACAUAAUAUAUAUAUUUUUAAACAGUUUUCUGUUUUGUCUUCUGGUUUAAGUAAAUAUGUAUUUUUCAGAUCUGUAAAACAUUAAUGCCUAGAGGAGGACGGGAAACUUAACAACAACUGAAUUGAAUUGAUAAUUCAUCCAUCCAUUCUUGGUUCUUCUGGUGCAUUCUGGGAAUGCUUGUAUGGUUGAUUUGGAACAGACCAUUUCACUUAAAGUCAACCAUGACAUUAUUGACAUUUGCAAUUAAUUUUUUUUUUCAUGAUUGACAUUUCUGAGUGAAACAGAAUUGUGUGACACAUCUUGAUCUUGUAGUGAGACCUGAUUAGAUCGAGAGCAGCGGCCGUUUCAAACCAGCGUUUGCAUUUGAUUUUGGAGGAUUACACCCUUCCUAAAAUACAACUAGCACCCAAUAGUUAAAACUUAACCCACUUCGGUGGCAUUUACAAAAAAAAAGAAAGUCAUUUUUUACUUUUACUAAAAUAUUACUGACAUUUUUUAGUAGUGUACUAAGUUAAUUUGUAUAUUUGUUUGUAAUAUGCAGUAUGGUCAGAAACCUCAGUUUUACUUUAAGUUUGUCUGCAUUUCUUUGUGUGUUCUUUAUUCUGAAGGUUAAACCACAUGUGUUGAAUUUGUGAACUACUUUGAGUUAACCAAGGUAAAUUGGUAACCUUGCUACCAUUUUUAGUAUGGAAACUU